UAUGACAGCAGAAAGAAAUCAAAUCAUGCACCUGUCCUCACAGUCUGAAGGUUUGAUGAAGGGCCAGAAAACCCCACAAUCUAAGUUUUCACGUAUCCAGAAUUUCUUCCCUGUGGAGUAUGGGAAAAAGCCUCAAACAGUUACAGAAGUGAAAACAAUGAAGAAACUGAAGAAACACUGUGAUUCAGUUUGCCACGUGAGAGUAAAUGGGAAACCAGCAGGGAGUGGCUUUCUCCUGUUUGACAAGUUUGUCCUCACAAAUGGCCAUGUAAUUAAAAUAUAUGAUGAGACUAAAGGGCAGCUUAAUGAGACGGUCACUGUCCAUUUCUCUUUUAAAAGUCUAGACCAGAUGGAGGGAGGGCAAGAUUCAGGAUCAAAAGUGGAAGAGGUCACUGGCUUUGAGUACUGUCGUAAUGAGUCAGGGCAAGAGUCUGACUGGGCUUUGUUAAGGCUGGGUGAUGAUCAGAUAUUGCCCCAUGGUCUGAUUGCACACUUUGGAUUCCCUUCUAAGAGUGGUGGGAUUUGCAUUAUUGGGCAUCCUGAUGGUGGUGUGAAAAAAAUAGUUUCGUGUUUGAUUGUUCCAACUGAUAACCGCAUCCAGGUUGUGGAGAGGCAUUACCUUGAAAACAAAGAAUGCUUUCAUUUCUUUCAGAAUGUGGCAGAAUCUGUUGAGAAACAGAGACAGGUUCUAACUUAUGAGUCUAAUUUUUAUGAUGGCUCAUCUGGCUCUCCUGUCAUUAACGAGCACUGUAAUGUUGUUGCAGUGCAUACAGGGGGGUAUCCCUACCACAACGCAAGGGGCGAAAAACGAAGUGUGAUGGAGUAUGGUCAUUCUUUGUGCAGCAUUAUUGAACGUUUAAUUGUCCAGUUAGUGGAAAAUGGACGGUUUGAUGUGUUGAAGAAAUACCUCUCUUGCAGUUGCGCACGACAGCUAAACCUGAUGAUUGAAUUGAAGAAACUGGUCGAGAGCAGAAAUAUUACGGCAUUUAAAAAUGCACUUACCAAUUCAGAGGUCACAAAUGACGAGAGUUUGAUGACGUUCUUUAAAUUUAUCUCUCAGAAAGAGGAUCCUGUCCCAAUGGACAUAGAUUGAGUGUACACAGAUAGUUAUAAAGCUAACUACUGACAAAAGCAGGGCAUUUUGAGCUUUAAAGUCUUUGUUUUCAUAUAUCAGGAUACUUCUUUCAUUGUUUUGAGAACAUCAUCAGUUUUAGGAUAAAGGGAACUAUGCUUUACUCAAAAGUCAUUUAUAGCCACAUCUUUAAAUGCUCAUUUUUAUUCUGGUUUGUUAAUUUUCUUUAAGCAACCAUCAUAUCAUUGUUCUGAAAGCUCAUGUAUAUUAUAUUAGUUUUUUUUAAUUCUGUGCUUACAGUAAAUAUUACUGAAAUAUAAGCCAGACUGAUGAAUAAAAUGGUCAGCAUUAUCUGUUGUCAGAUAAUAAGAAAUUGCAGUACAGAAAUGCCAAACAUACUCUAUGUUUGAAAAUGAGGCAAUAUGGAAGCAGUGUCUCUAUUACAUAGUUUGUACACCAGAGAGCACUUACAACUUAUUAACUUAUUAUAAAGUGUCUUUUUCAGAAAUGUUUAUGUUUAUAAAAACAUGUUUUUUAAAAAGAAGCUUCCAUUAUCCGUCUGGCUUUAAUUUCUACAUUUUUAUCGUCUUCCUUUGGCAAAUGUAUAAUAUUGGAUAUCGCAAUAUUCUGUCAUUGUUCUUAUAUCACUGUCUUGGGAAUGUAUCUUGAAAAAUAAGAAGUGGGAUUUCAUAAGGAUCUUAACUGGUUAAAUC